AGCCGUGAUUGUCCCACUGCACUGCAGCCUGGGUGAGAGUGAGACCGUGUCUCAAAAAAACAAAAACAAAAAAACAGAGCUAGGGGUGGGGAGCCUAUGGCCACUUGAGUCUGAGCCAGCUGGGCCAGAGGAACUGAGCUCCCAGCCCUGUGGCUGCCAAGGAUCCUUUUUCCUUGAGCUUGCAGGGAUCGAGAGAGAGAGAGACAGUCAGCGGCCCUGAUGUUAGUGAUGCAGACUCCAGGAGAAGGGGGCAUGCUUGCAGAUAGAGGAAGUGAGCCCCUCUACCAUGUUCCACCCCCACCAUCCUCCUGGGACCCCAGCCUGCAUGCCCCCCUAAAAGUUGCUUUUGCACUGAUUCAGUGAAUAUACAAGCAAAGGCCUAAUUGAAGACCUGUGAAUGGAGUGUACGGUCCUCAGUUCCCAGCUGAGGGGCCCCUCGGGCUCCCCAUAUUCCCCUCAGCCUCCCCAUCUUCCAGCAGGGGCGUGGAGUGCAUCCAUGGCCACGAGUAUUGAUCUGUCCCUCCCAGCCUGUACAUCGCCCCGAGGCAGUUCUGAGUGGAUGAUGUGCAGUUGGAUUCCUCAGCUCAUUUACAUGGUUGAUGUUACGGCUACUGCUUUUACUGCCACAACUCCCAGGCCCAACCUGGCUUAAUGUCUUAAGUUUUAAGCAAAAAAAGAUGGGGAGCCAGAGCUUUGUGGCAGGGCUGGAGGUUGUGGUGCACUUUAGUUUUGUGGCAGGAUGAAGGCUGCAGUGGUUUUAUUAAUCAUGAUUGGCCUGGCCAUAGCUCCAGGCUGAGAGGGACAGGUUUGUCAGUGGUGGUCCCCCAGAUGUCGCUGUGGCCAGCCCUGGCCUGUCUGUCCUCAGGCCCAGCAGGAGGCGCUGCCACAGGCUCUGACUGGUGUCCCUACUCCCUGUACCCCAGAUGGACAUAACCUUGGGGUCUACAGUUGGAAUAUAUCAUUCUCCCCAUUUUAAUCUGAGCUGCCUGACACAAGGAGGGUGGGGUGGGUAAGGGGCCUGGGGAGCCAGGGUUGAAUCAUGGAUCCUGGGGAAAGGUUACAGACACAGGAGCGGUUGUCACCUCUCUGUAGAGCCCUACUGCUUGCCACACAGCACCUUCUGCAGAGACUAGCUCUGAGGGUGGCGGGGGACCCCACAGGCCAUGGCUGCUCCUCUCUGCACCUGUCUGUGCCUGCUGUGGGAUCCUGGACUGGGGGGGGAGAUUACUACCCUGUGAGCCAGAGGGAGACUGUCUGGCUGUGACCUCUAUGUGGGGCUUUGCAGAGAGCUGCUUAUGGGUAAGAGACACCUUGUUUCAGAGGGAAUGGGCAUGAGCUGGCAAGUGAAGCACCCCCACAGCUUAUCAGGAACUUUUUCUCAUUUUUAAACCAUCAUGUCUUCAUUUCACUUUGGAAUAAAGUGAGGUUUUGAAACCUACUGCCCCAGUCUCUGGAUUGUAAGGGCUGUUGUCAGACAGGUUACUAGGAAAGGAAUAUGUAUAAAUUAGGUCAAACUCAAGGUUAUGUUUAUAAUGUUACCUGAGUGGGAGGUAAGAGGGUGGAGUCACAGGCACUCAGCUGGCAUUUACCUGGCCCAGUCACUAGACUCUUGGGAUUGUGACACAGGUGAACAUCCCCUGUCAUUGGAGAAAAAAGGCUGGAGGGAAGGCCGGGUGGGGGAGGGGUGCCAGGCUGUGGAGUCAGGCCCUGGGCAUGCUGGACCUGGUAGGUCACUGAACAUCUGACUGGGCACCUGCCCCUGUCCCUUCAGUUGAGGUGGGAUUGGCAGCACUCCCCAGAAGGCGUGCAGUGCUGGGAGAGCGGAGGAGGGUCUGACGUUUGCCAUCCUGUGGUAGGUUUUAGAGCUAACUAGAUGCUUAUGGAGAGCUAAUGACAUGGGAAGAAGGCAGCCUACCUUGAUGGACUAGAGGGAUAGAGCCUGCGAUGUGAGAAGUGGGUGUGUGGAGGUGGCCUGUCUACAAGAGGGCAAGUUUAAGGCUCAUUGCAGUGGCACUAUCUUAGCUCGCUGCAGCUGGUGGCUGCUGCCAGGCCAUCCCCCUCCAGAGCAGGGAGGCCGUCAGCUUCAUGUAUAAUUGAAUACCUUUUGGGAUGCUUGGAUAGUCCUUUAUUUCUUGGAAAUUCAGAAAAGAAAAAAAAAUACAAUUCUCAUGUCUGUUAGUUUCCCUGAGCCAACUGGAAAAAAGAUGUCUCUGACACCAAGAUUUUAAGUGACACCCAAGGGAAGCCACCAUUACCUUGGCCAUUGAAGCCUCCUGCAUGCUCCCCAAAACCCCCAGCAGUUUCCUCUGCAGUCCCACAGUUAUGUCCUGAGCAGUGGUGUACCGUGUGAUGAGAGAGAUGCUAAGGGAUGGGAUGAGGGUCUUUCCUGUGUUAUUAGAACGGUUAAAAAGUUGUUUUAACGGUGUCCAAAUGUCCUCCUUCUUAUACUUAACUAGCUAAUAAGAUGCCUUAUACAAGCAAAACCAGGUACGGGAAAGCAAGUGCAUUUCAAGUCCCAGCUCACCCCUUAAAUUAGCUGUAAUACCCUCAGCAGGCGGCCCCCCACCUCGAUGAGCCUGUCUCCCAUUCAAAAAACAGAGAAUGAGGGGGCGGGGCCUGGAACUUUACCCAAUCAGUGGCGUUGGAGUGGAAAUCGUCCAAUCGGGAGCAGCCGGAGAGCAGGGGCGGCUUCCGGGAUUUGGCGGGGGCCUUUGUUGGCUGCAGUAAGAGCUCGGGUCCCUUCACCUGGUCUCCAGAGUCCUUCCAUCUGGGAGGCCCAGGCGGCUUCGCGUUCUGAGAAUAGACAGAGCCUCUGUUGCUCUGUGACCUGCAGGCACUGGGAGAUCCGUAGCUAAGACGCCAGGACAUCCCGGAAGCUGGGAAAUGGUGAAUGUGCCAGGUCGGGGGUCGCCAGAAGAGGGAGAGGGGCGGUCGAAAGCGGCGGGAACCCGCUUUGGGGGCACUCGGGCCUCCCCGAGGUCAGUUCCGGGGUCUGGGCCCCGAGUCCUCGCGGGCGCAACUCGGCCCUUGGUCCCCUCCGUCGCAAGAUGGCGGCCGGGCCAGCAGCCUGUACCUCGCGCGUCCCGUCCCGUCUCGACCCCGCAGAGCGACCUCGGCCCUGGCCGGAGCUGUUUCUGGGCGGCCGCAGCCCGCGUCUCCCCAGAUUGUGCGGGACUGUUGACAUUCAGGGAUGUGGCCAUAGAAUUCUCUCGGGAGGAGUGGGAACACCUGGAUUCAAAUCAGAAGCUUUUAUAUGGGGAUGUGAUGUUAGAGAACUACAGAAACCUGGUAUCUCUCGGUCUCGCUGUCUCUAAGCCGGACCUGAUCACCUUUUUGGAGCAAAGGAAAGAGCCCUGGAAUGUGAAGAGUGAGGAGACAGUAGCCAUCCAGCCAGAAAUCUUUUCUCAUGAUACUCAAGUCCUCUUAAGAAAGAAGCUUAUAGAAGCAUCAUUCCAAAAAGUGAUAUUGGAUGGAUAUGGGAGCUGUGGCCCUCAGAAUUUAAACUUAAGGAAAGAGUGGGAAAGUGAGGAGAAAAAUCAGUACAAUAAAUCUGAUACAACAUUAAGCCAAGGCAUAAGCCCCAGAAGACAUCAGAAAACUCAUUUUCUACAGAACCAUUACAAAUGUAAAAAAUGUGAGAAAGCCUUUCAUGAAUGCACCAACCAUGUCCAUCAGAGUAUCUUUAUUCAAGAGAAGUCUGCCAAAUGUAAUAAGUGUGUAGAAACUUUUAUCCAGUCAUCAAAACAUACUCAGCCUCAGAGAAUCCAUACUGGAGAAAAGUCACACAGAUGUAAUAAUGGUGAGAAAAUCCUUAGUAAAUUGUCAAGUCUAAGAAAACAUAAGACAAUCCAUAAUGAAGAGAAACCUUACAAAUGUGAAGAAUGUGACAAAGCCUUUAACCAUCGUUCACACCUUUCUCAACACCAAAUAAUUCAUACUGGAGAGAAACCAUACAAAUGUAAAGAAUGUGGAAAAGCCUUCAAUUCUAGUUCAUAUUUUACUAGACAUCAGAGAAUUCACACUGGAGAAAAACUUUACAAAUGUAAAGCGUGUAGCAAAUGUUUUACUCAUUCUUCAAAUCUUCUUGUGCAUCAGAGAAUUCAUACUGGAGAGAAACCUUACAAAUGUAAAGAAUGUGGUAAAUCAUUUAAAGUGUCUUCAGCCCUUACUCAGCACGAGAGAAUUCAUACUGGAGAGAAACCCUAUAAAUGUAAGGAAUGCAGCAAAGCCUUUAACUGUAGGUCGUACCUAACUAAACAUCAGAGAAUUCAUACUGGAGAAAAACUUUACAAAUGUAAAUCAUGUAGCAAAUCUUUUUCUCGUUCCUCAAGUCUUAUUGUCCACCAGAGAAUUCAUACUGGAGAAAAACCCUAUACAUGCAAAGAAUGUGGCAAAGCCUUUAAUUGUAGUUCACGCCUUACUCAGCAUCAAAGAAUUCAUACUGGAGAGAAACCCUACAUAUGUAAAGAAUGUGGCAAAGCCUUUAACUGUAGUUCAUCCCUUACUAAACAUCAGAGAAUUCACACUGGAGUAAAACUUUACAAAUGUAAAGCAUGUAGCAAAUCUUUCUCUCAUUCCUCAUGUCUUUCUGUGCAUCAGAUAACUCAUACUGGAAUGAAACCAUAUAUAUGUAAGGAUUGUGGCAUCUCCUUUAACCGGUCUUCAAACCUUAGACGACAUCAGAUGAUUCAUACUGGAGAGAAACCCUACAAAUGUAAAGAAUGUGGCAAAUUAUUUAAUCGAUGCUCAACCCUUACUCGACAUAAGAGUAUUCAUACUAGAGAAUUUCUAUAGUUGUAGUAAAUGUGAAAAGAGUUUUAUCCAAAAUUUAGAACUUAAAAAUCACCAUAGAGUUUAUAGGGAAACAGACUUUGCAGAUUGAAUAAAUGGGAGGAAGUAUUUAAUCAGAACUCAAAUCUGAAUGUGUCAGUACUUACACAAAAAAGGACUAAAGCACAGAUCCCCAGACUUUAAAAUUAAAUAAGAGUAUUUGUUAUGGAGGAUUACUCUAAAGCCAAAGCAGUUAUUUAUUUUGUUAUGUGUUUCAGAUGAGCAAAAGCAUUGAUGUUUGGACAAGUAAUUACUCAGUUGAGCACGUUAUUUGUAUUGAAAACAUUUGAAAUUUGUAUGAAGCAAAUCAUAAUUCAAUUCUCAAAUUAGUUGUUAUACCUUAAUGCUUAGUGUUUAUAUAAAAACAUAUAGUCUAUUUUUUCUGCAUCAGAGCUCUAAGAGGUCAUUCUAUAGUAGGUGAACAUCAUUAAUAUCAACUUAUUUUCAUGGAAGUUUAAUGGCAAAUGUAAAAUACAUGAAGAAAAUCUAAAAGAGGCUCUUUGUGUUUGUAUCAUAAAACAGUAAUAUGUGUAAGCAUAUAGUACAUAUUUAGGGCAUUAGUAUUCUGUACUAAAGUAAAAGAGGAAUAUUCUGAAUUUAUUUAUUACAUCAAUUGCUCCUUAAGUAGAAAAACACUGGUCAGUUAUUUAAAAUACUGGCAUACCUUUAUAGUACAAUGAAGUAGUAAUCUUGAAUAUUAUUUGAUGUGUUAAAAAAAUAAAAACAUCUUCACAGAUAUCAAAGUGAAAACUCAUAUCUGAAAGAUUGUAAAUAUACUUUAUAUCAAUUUUCCAGAGAACUAAACUUCUAAUAAUAUCGGUAAUAUUCUCAUGGUUACUAUUUUAUAUUCUUUCCUGCUUUUUGUAGUUACUGGUGUACUAUGACAGUUUUAAUAAAGAUUAUAUGGGGGUAUACUUAAAUGCCGUACUUUUAAAUCCCGAAUCAUUGUUUAUAAAAUUUUAUUCAAUAUUUUUCUUUGCACAUGCCCUUUUUCAGUCCAAUUGAACACUUAGAGAUUUUUCUUUGCUUUCACUUGCAUUAAAUGGAAUAUACAUAUAAACUAAGAUAGAAGGAAAAAGGUGUAAGAGAACUAUACAGGCAGAAAUGCAUGUGUAUGUACCUAUCUUCAAAUGGAAAAGAAAAUGAUGGAUCACAACAGGAAAUUUGAGAACUGUUGAUUUAUUACCAAACUAGCAACCUCCCACAUUCUUAAAGCUAAAUUAGUUUUUCAUUGCACACUGAAUUUUUCUCUCAUAAAUCUAAUGUCUUCUGGGUUCAGACUUUAUCCCAUACAAAUCCUUUUUUCUUGUCUAUGAUUCAUGUGAGACGAAUUGUAUGAUUUUCUUAUUUCAAAGCUUAUAAACUAUUAUAAGUUC